GAAUGUGCUAUUAGCGUACACUGCUAUCAGGCCCUUGUGUUGAAAACUGCAGACAUCGGCCGCGCCGCUAGUAAACACUCUUUGAAAAUUAACACCUUGUCUUCCAAGAAAAGUAAAAGCCCGGUUGCGCAGGGUGCUCGAGUCGAUGAUAAGGGUCCGUUGAAAUUCGUUCAGCGAAUAUUUAGCAAGUCCAGAGGGAGCAAUCCCGUGGCGAUAAAGGAAAUUUCUAAGAGUUGUGGGCGACAGUCCCCGGUGGCGCGCCCGGAUAACAUGAAUCACACGCCUGCACCUGACAGGCAACAGCACGACCCUAAUGUAAACCAAGUUGAGGAGAUGGAAACGCAGGAAGUGGAGACUGUAGAAACAGACAAGAUUUGGGUUGAAGAAUUCAUGAAGGGUAAUGGCGGUGUUGUUAUGAAUGAUGUUAUGAAAAACCAGGAGACCUCAUCAUCUGAUAUGCCUUUGGCUUGCUUAGAUGCUGAAAUGGAAGAUGACGAAGCACGCUCAGAAGCAACCUUCCAGUUUACAGUACUUAACUUCAGAAGUCUCAAGGAUUCUGUACUUUCACCACCAUGUUAUGUCCGCAAUCUGCCCUGGAAGAUUAUGGUCAUGCCACGACAAGCUCCAUCGCCUGAUCGUCAGCAGCAGAAGUCUUUGGGUUUCUUUCUUCAGUGUAAUGGUGAGAGUGAGUCAUCAAGCUGGUCCUGCUAUGCAAUGGCUGAGCUUAGGCUCAUUUCUCACAAACCAGAGACUGAACCGUUUUAUAGAAAAAUUCAGCAUUUGUUUUAUAGUAAGGAAAACGAUUGGGGUUUCUCACACUUCAUGUCGUGGUCUGAUGUGCUAGACAGUGAAAAGGGAUACAUAAAGGAUGAUUCAAUCACCCUCGAAGUCCACGUCACAGCAGAGGCUCCGCACGGCGUCUCUUGGGACUCCAAGAAGCACACAGGCUAUGUUGGUUUGAAAAACCAAGGUGCAACAUGUUAUAUGAACUCAUUGUUACAAACGUUAUACUUUACAAAUCAAUUGAGAAAGGCAGUUUAUAAAAUGCCCACAGAAUCGGAUGACUCAACCAGGUCGGUCGCCUUAGCAUUGCAACGAGUGUUCUACGAAUUACAGUUCUCAGAUAAACCUGUAGGCACUAAGAAACUUACGAAGAGUUUUGGUUGGGAGACACUUGACUCCUUUAUGCAGCAUGAUGUUCAGGAAUUUUUACGGGUACUUCUGGAUAAGUUGGAAAGUAAGAUGAAAGGGACAUGUGUUGAAGGAACAGUACCAAGGUUGUUUGAGGGUAAAAUGACUUCAUAUAUCAAGUGCAAGAAUGUCAAUGUAUCCAGCACCAGGGUUGAAACCUUCUACGAUAUACAACUUAAUAUAAAGGGAAAGAAAAACAUUGACGAGUCGUUCAAAGACUAUAUAAACACGGAGACUCUUGACGGCGAAAACAAAUAUGAUGCAGGCGAACAUGGUUUGCAGGAGGCUGAAAAAGGAGUUAUAUUCGCAUCAUUCCCACCAGUACUGCAUUUGCAUCUCAUGCGCUUCCAAUAUGACCCUAUCACAGAUAGCUCAGUCAAAUUUAAUGAUAGAUUCGAGUUCUACGAGCACAUUAACCUAGACGCGUACCUGCAAGAGAAGCCUGAAACGCCGGCCGAUUACACGCUCCACGCCGUACUUGUACACUCUGGUGACAACCACGGCGGUCACUACGUUGUCUUCAUCAACCCCAAAGGCGAUGGCAAGUGGUGUAAAUUCGACGAUGACGUGGUGUCCCGGUGUACGAAGCAGGAGGCGAUCGAGUACAACUACGGCGGUCACGACGAUGACCUCUCCCUGACUGUGCGACACUGCACCAAUGCUUACAUGCUUGUUUAUAUCAGAGACUCCCAGCUGAAGACUGUAUUACAAGAAGUGACUCAAGCAGACAUACCAACGGAACUCAGCGAGCGGCUUGCUGAAGAGAAAAGAAUCGAAACUAUACGUCGCAAGGAGCGCAAUGAAGCGCAUCUGUACAUGAACGUCAACGUGGUUCUUGAAGAAGCGUUCGACGGCCACCAAGGGAACGAUCUGUACGAUCCAGAACGCGCGCACUACCGCGUGUUCCGCGUACGCAAGCAAGCUACUGCAACAGAACUUAUGGAGAUGUUGGCUGAAAACUUCCGGUAUCCACAAUCGCACUUGCGUCCUUGGCCAUUCAGUGCACGUUCUAAUCAGACAUGUCGUCCAACCUGUCUGGAUAUCACGAAUGAUCAAAGUAAGACAGUAGCAGACAUAUCAGAAAACAUGAACCCCUGGAACAUAUUCCUAGAGAUGUUACCUCCUGACUCCGGCUUUAAUUUAUUACCGCCUUUCGACAAGGAGAAUGACGUGGUUCUGUUCUUCAAGUUCUACGAUCCCAAACAGAAGCGGAUACACUACUGCGGGCACCACUACCUUCCUAUAGCCAGCAGGCCUGCGGAUCUCAUACCAAUACUCAACAAACGGGCUGGUUUCCCGCCUGGCACGCCCCUAGUUCUAUAUGAAGAGAUCAAGCCCGACUUCGUGGAGAAGAUUAACAACUACAAUGAACCUCUUGAAAAGGUAUUGGACGAGCUGAUGGACGGCGACAUCAUUGUGUUCGAGCGAGCUGACAACCGCCAUGAAGACAUGGAGCUGCCGACCUGCCAAGACUACUUCAAGUACAUCUUCUACAAGGUGGAGGUCCAAUUCGUGGAUAAGACAGUGCCGAACGAUCCCGGAUUCACAAUGGAGUUGUCAAUGCAAAUGCGAUAUGAUCAAAUGGCGAGAGCGGUGGGGCAGAGGUUAAAUGUAGAUCCAUUCUUAAUACAGUUCUUCAAAUGUCAAAACUAUAAAGAUACUCCAGGUUUGCCCCUCAGGUACUCGUAUGAUGGAAUACUUAAGGAUUUGCUAGUGUACUGUAAACCAAAGUGCCCUAAGAAAUUGUUCUAUCAGAUUUUAUCUAUUAAAGUUAACGAAUUAGACAACAAGAAGCAAUUUAAAUGUUUAUGGGUUGGUCCUAAUUAUAAGGAAGAUAAAGAAUUAAUUUUAUAUCCUAAUAAAGGUGGCAAAGUGGCAGAUAUAUUAGAGGAAGCAGCUAAAGUUGUGGAUAUGUCCCAAGAAGGUUCUGGAAGAUUACGAAUCGUGGAAGUGUCGUGUCACAAAGUAUUACCAGGCCCGGAGCCGGAGUUGACAUUGGAUCAGGUGACCAUAUCCCCGCCCCGACUGUACAGAAUAGAGGAGAUACCGCGGGAUGAGGUCAACCUAUCGGAGGACGAAAUCCUAGUGCCGUGUGCACACUUUCACAAGCAGGUGUACGCGACAUUUGGCAUUCCGUUCUACGCGCGUGUAAAACAUCACGAGCCCUUCCAGGCGCUCAAAGACCGCCUUCAACAGAAGCUCGACAUACCAGACAAGGAGUGGGAAAAGUACAAUUUUGCUAUUGUGACGAAUGGCAGACCUAAUUAUAUAAGCGAAGGAGCGACGAUCAACAUAUUGGACUUCAGGCCAAACAGUAGUGCGAAUCUGUCCCUUCCAGACGCAACGGGGCGGCCUUGGCUCGGCCUCGAGCAUAUUAACAAAACGCCGAAACGCUCGCGCGUCAACUACCUCGAGAAGGCAAUCAAGAUUUACAAUUGAAGACACCCCCUCGUAUCAUCACCACCCUCAUAGGCACGACUAGUAAAAUACAUUUUGCUGCAUUCAUUCGACUAAGUUAUUUAUUAAGUAUUUCGUCGUUUCACUGACCAAUUUAUAGAGCUGGCUAUCCACAGUAUUUGAGCAAACACUUUAGUGUCUAGUUGCUUCAAUUGAACACUUUAAUAAUUUACAAUCGAGUCGACUGAAAACAACUGGACACCCACGUGUCUACAUCAGCGCAGGUACUAAUUUGUUGCAUAAAAUUAUAAUACGCAAAGGUAGCUUGUAAUCGACACAAGACACAAAAGCGUAUCUGUUACCGUAGCGCUGUAAUUGUUCAAAUCGGCGAACACCAUCGUUGCGCAAACGCAUACACUGCGUUCGAGCACUCGUUUUCUUCGAGCAAAUAUACUCGUUUAAUAGCUCGUUUUGUUUGAGCAAAGGUUGAAUCCUAGAUUGUGCUCCCAGCAAGUAUUGGAAAAGAUUUAUACUUUUAGUUAGGCAGUUUAUGCGUUAUGCAAGGUGGGUAUCCAGUUUUUUAUAAUUGUAAUUAAUGUAUUUUUGUUUAUAUUCUUAACUUAUUUGAAGGGAAUUUAUCAGGAGAGGUUUCACAUUUAUUUACCAAGACUAUUUUAGUGUUGUAUGUUUCUAAAAUUGACGCGGAUAUUAAAUGAUCAUGAUUAAAAGCAAUAAAGACCUAGGCUUAGGUACAGGAAUUGAUAAGUGUUAACUUUUAAUGCGAAAAAUGAUUUGUUAAUUAUCUUAAAUAAUGUGGAAUGUAUAAAUGAUGAAACUAACAUUAA